AUGGCGUCCAAGAUUCCCACCCAACAGCGGGCUCUGGUCCUGCAAAAAUUCGGGUCCGACAUUCAGCUCCAGCACGUUCCCACCCCUCAGCUCGAACUGGGAACGGUCAUCGUGCGAGUCUCGGCCACUACAAUUUUGUCCUACCAACGGGGCGUCUACGACGGCAGUCGCGGGCUCUAUGGCGUUCCCACGCCUCUCGUGAUUGGCAUCAGUGCCAUCGGACGAGUUGCAGGCCUACCUGCCGACGCCACGCUACUGGAAGAAGGACAACUGGUCUACGUGGACUGCGUUGUACGCGGUCGCGAUGAUCCCUCUGCCCUGUUCCUCUCCGCGAUCCAUGCAGGCAGCAAAUCGGGAAGCAAGAAAUUGAUGGCCGACGUUUACCGCGAUGGCUCAUUUGCCGAGUACAUGCGAGCACCCUUGGAAAACUGCAUCCCGCUGGAUGAGACUAGGCUCUGCAAAACUCUCGGCUACCCGAUUCAUGACCUGAUGUACAUGUCUUGCCUGCUGGUGUCCUUCGGCGGACUGCGAGACAUCGGACUGGAACCCGGAGAAACUGUCGUCGUGAGUCCCGCCACUGGGAACUUCGGCGGCGCAGGAGUACUAGUAGCGGUGGCUAUGGGCGCCCGAGUCAUCGCCAUGGGCCGCAACACGACCGAGCUGGCUCGACUGAAAGAAUUAGCAGAGCGCGGCAAACCCGGCGCUUGUGUCGAAACGGUCCCGAUUUCUGGCGACGAAGAAACGGACACGGCGGCUCUGAAGGCGUUUGGGACCAUCGACGCGGUGCUCGACCUCACUCCUCCCAUCGCAAGCAAAUCGACGCAUCUGAAGAGCGCCAUCUCCGCCCUGCGACACAGCGGCCGAGUCAGCCUCAUGGGCUUCCCAGACCUGUCGGCGUCGAUGUGGCAUGUUGUGGGAAGCAAUAUUGUCAUGAAAGGGAAGUUGAUGUACUCGAGGGAGGACAUGCUGUUGUUUGUGAAGAUGUUAGAGCGCGGGCUGUUCCCCAAAGCGCAGGAGUUUGUGGACACCAAGGCUUUCGCGCUCGAGCAGUGGGAGGAGGCACUCGAUGUGGCGGCGAGGCAUACCGGACUUGGCAGGCAGGUGAUCUUUGUGCCGGAGAAGUAG